GUCUUGUUGCUAGGUUACCACAGAAUCAAACAGAGCCGCUGCUUUGCGAAACAGAUAAAUACGUCACAGAGGUUUUCAGCCCUAAACUUUCCCUCUCGGUCGACUGAAUAAAUAAAAUGGACACCACAAUUAUGGUACCUCGGGACUUCACAGCAAAGUUGUUGCUCUGGAAAGACAUAAGCUACCAUGACAUGGAGCUCAUUGACCAAAUGCAAACCAUUCCCGAUCUGGAAAGAACGCUGUGCAGCGUGUUGGGUGUCGAUCUCCCAGAGCCGAAGAAAGGAGUCCUGCUGGAGCUGUAUGUGCAAACGGUGCUUUUCUGCAGAGAACAAAACUUCAACAAGGAGCAAACGUCUGCGCUUCUGUCCAUCAUCAAGUCCAUCCAUGAGGCUAACGUUGAAACUCCCCUCAAUAACUCUGAGCAGUGUCUCAGAUACUGUAACGAUCUUCUGCUGUGUCACUCAGUCAGGAGGCCACCCUUCAGCAUCAACCUCUUCAGCUUUCAGGAGGCAAACUGCAUUUUAAAUCACAUCCAGGACCACUACUUGAGACACUACAGAAUCUACAAGUAUAUAUUCACACCACAGGUAAAACUUGAUCUGUUUCUGACUUAUUCUGGGACGGCAGAGCAGGGACCGUCUGCCGCGGAUGAUUCCUCUGUGUCAGCCGGUGUUAUAAAUAUGAGGGGGGAAGAAGCAGAUACAAAAAGGAGCGAUUCUUCUGAAACACAGGAAACUACAACCACAGAAGAAGAGGAAGCCUCCGAUGGUUCCACGGACCUAAAGGCCCUGAUAGAGCGCGAGGUCGGGCAGCAGAUGCAGCAGGUGUCCAGGCUGCUGGACGAGCGCAUCAGAGGAACGGCGUCCGAACAAAACAGCAGGAUCCAUGACGCCAAACCCAACCAGAAAGGCAAAAAAUAAA